AUGUCUCUUAGUCUAGAGCUAUCUGUGGGCACGCGGGCCCGAGCCAUCUGUUUUUUCGACGAACGGGUGACGGGGUACGUCGUCAGCCACGGCCCGGUGUUGCCUCAGGCCCGCGUCCUGGUGGCGGUGUCAAUCGUGCCCCACGACCGAAUUGACGCCUUUAAGCAGGCAAAUGGCGACUUCCCGGAUGCUUUCUCCGUGCACGAUGCCGUGUUGACCGAGGCUGAGCCUCGUGAUGAUGGUACCACUGUCUACCCGUUUUCAUUUACUAUCACUUACCCUCGUACCAAAUUUGAUAACCCUCACGUGGUAGUGAUGGCUCAGAUGGUGGAGGAGGAAGAGAUACUCCUGCCACAAGCUAAUUUGCCCGACCUUGAGCCGCGAAGUCGUAAUUUGUUAGCGGAGCUCAAUCAUCAAUAUUUGAGCGCUGCCAUCUACGAAACCGGAGGACCGUUACCUCCAGUGAAUACCAUUCGUGCUAACCCUCGGGCGCAGGUCCACUGGGUGGCGCCGGUGAACGUGGCUCUCUCUCUCAAGCUCAAAACGAUGAAGGCAGCGGGGCGUAACCUGAUGCUUUUGGCGUCGUUGACACUAGCGCUGGACCUUGACGGAUUCAAAAUUGUGAUCAACGACAUGCUGGUGGACUUCAAACACGGGCUGGUUUCCCGUAUAUAUCCGCAGCCAUGGCCAGUGACAUUCGCUCUGGGCGACAACAUCAACUUCACUUAUUGUCUCACAAACGAAGAGGAGCUUGACACUAAACACAUAUUGAUCAAAUUGAAGCUGGAAGUGCACCAACAGAUCGACAACGAGUGGACAGCGGUCAGUGGCGACAUCACGACGCUGUGGACGCCGUUAGUUGACUUUUGCAUCAUUGCUCCUCCCAUCAACCAUUUACUUCGAACAGCAGUGAAAAAGAAAAUAAGGCCCAAAAAGACAAAUACGGUAACCGUCAAUUUACUGGUGAAUAAUAUCUUGCUGGGGUUACGACUAACGUUCAACGGUCGUCCCACCAUUGAGAUGGGUGACGUGGCGGUGUGGCGGCUCCAGGCAGUCAACAACUCGCCUAACCGCAUUACUCUUUCCUUACUUGUUCAACAGAAACAGUUCUCGCUUCCGGUAGGGGCAGACCCAGAAGCAUGUGACAAUACCCAAUUAUCCCUCGCCUACCAAGCUCCCAAGCCGCAAACUGGCGUGGUAGUGCUUGAUAAUGGCCUCCGCAUCGGCCCGCUUGAUCCCAAUUCAGUGUAUGACACCGACAUUCGAUUAUUUGGCGUAUCUCGGGGCAUCCACAAUUUGGAGGGGGUGAAGAUAUUUGACGUCCACAGUGGCGAGGGACUUGAUUUCGGCAAGCUUGUGGAAGUGUACGUUGUCUAG